AUUCCCCCUACAUCUCCCAUGGGACCAGGAGGCAAAUUCCUGUGGGUCCCAGGAGUGCCAAAAGCGCUCAGCGAGACGGGAAAUUGCAACAGUGCUGCCCCUCGGCCCUCCCCACAACCCCCCUCCUCGUCGCCUUCCCGUAACUCCCGCCCCUGGACACUUGCCCCGCAGCUGAUUCAUAGCCCGGGCGCGGGGCCGCCUCCACAGGCCGGGACCGACAUCCGCACCCGCGCCCCUGCGAGGCCGAAGAGCGGGUGGAGCAGUCGCCAGGCGGUUGUUUUGCCUGCAUCUAUGCCUGUGUAUCAUAUUUGUACCCAGUGUCUGCAAAGGUCAGAACAGGGUGUUGGACCCCUGGUACAGAUGAUUUGGAGCCAGCGAGUGGGUGCUGGAAACGAACCCCAGGUCAUCUUCAAGGGAUACAAGGGUUCCCAACCUCUGAGGCAUCUCUCUAGCCCAUCAGACAAUCAGACCAAUGGCUUUCUCUGUGGCCCUUCAUCCAGCCUUCCUCUUGGUAGUACUGUCCCUGAAGACAUCCCGAAGUGAAGUAUUGGGCGAGCCUUUCCAGUUGACUCCUGAGAUACUUACUGUUUCUACUGAGUCUAAACUUCAGCAAGUGAAUUUACAGUGGACUGUUCCAAACCUUACUCACCAAGAAUUAAAAAUGGCAUUUCAGAUAGAGAUAAGUAGAAUUAAUACAUCCAACAUCGUCUGGGUGGAGAAUUACAGCACCACUGUGAAGUGGAACCAACUUCUGCAUUGGAACUGGAAGUCUGAGAUCCCCUUGGAAUGUGUAACACAUUUCAUAAGAAUCAGGGCUAUGGUAGAUGAUGCCAAGUACCUUCCACAGAAUUCUUGGAGCAACUGGAGUUCCUGGAAAGAAGUUAGUGUACAAGUUUCAGUUGCACCUAAUACAUUAUUAAUAUUUCCUGAUAAUAAGCUGUUGGAAGAAGGCUCCAAUGUCACCAUCUGUUUGCUGUAUGGACAGUAUCUAUAUAAUGUAUCCUGUAUGUUGCAAAAAGAACCAAUCCAUGGAGAACAACUUGAUUCACACGUGUCAUUAAUAAAGUUGAAUAAUGUUGUUUUCCAUAGUGUCUCAGGAACAAACAUCCAUUGUAAAGCCAUGAAUGCCACUAAAAUGAUAUUUGGUACUGUCCUGUUUGUCUCAAAAGUGCUUGAGGAGCCCAAGAAUUUUUCCUGUGAAACCCAAGACUUUAAGACUUUGAAAUGUUCGUGGGAACCCGGGGUAGAUACUGCUUUGGUAUGGUCUCAACAAGAUUCUCAAAGCUACACUUUAUAUGAAUCGUUCUCUGGAAGACGUGAGCUUUGUGACCACAGAAAUUCACAUAACUGGCAAAUCACUGAUGAUUCACAGGAAACAUAUAACUUUACACUCACAACUGAAAACAACCUGAGGAAAAGAAGUGUCAACCUCAUUUUUAACCUGACCCAUAGAGUUCAUCAAAAGGCUCCCCAUGAUGUCACCCUGGAAAAUAUAGAUGCUAGAAAAGCCAACAUGACCUGGAAGGUGCUCUCCCGUGGAAACAACUACAUACUUUUGUGUCAGAUUGAACUCCAACAUGAAAGGGAAGUGAUACAUGAGCACAAUGUUUCUGUCCACAUGAGUGCCAGCUACCUCUUCAGUGAUCUGGAGCCAGACACAAAGUACAAGGCUCGAGUGCGCUGUGCGGAUGCCAACCACUUCUGGAAAUGGAGUGACUGGGCUCAAAAGGAGUUCUGCACACCUGAGGCUGCUCCCUCCCAGGCUCUUGAUGUAUGGAGACAAGUUCGGUCAGAGAAUGGAAGUUAUGUUGUGACCUUAUUCUGGAAGCCACUAUUAAAAUCACAGGCCAAUGGUAAAAUUGUAUCCUAUAAUAUAGUUGUAGAAAACCAAGACCGACUCUCUGAGUCAGAACAUUACUCUGUACCGGCACCAGCCCUUGGCACACAGCUGAGCCUUGACCCGUGUUCUUACAAGAUUCACAUCACAGCCAACAACAGCGUGGGUGUGUCGCCUGAGUCAGUGAUGGUCCUCUCUAAUGAUUCCGGACAUGAAGAGGUCCAUGAAAAAAGAAUUAAAGGUACAAAGGAUGGAUUCCAUAUUUCUUGGGAGCCCACAUCUGGAGAUGCUUUAGGCUAUGUUGUGGACUGGUGUGUACAUUCCCGGGACCAACACUGUGAUUUGCAAUGGAAGAACCUAGGUCCCAAUACCACAAGUACCAACAUCACCUCAGGUGCUUUUAAACCAGGGGUUCGGUACAACUUCAGAAUUUUUGAAAAAUCUAUGCAACAGAAAGCUCAGUUACUAGAGAAACAAACGGGAUACACCCAGGAACUGGCUCCUCUGGAGAACCCGGAAGUGACCAUUAAUAACUUUACUUCCAACUCCUUCAUUCUGAGCUGGCCCAGUUAUGACAGCGACUUCCAGUCUGCUUUUAUAGAAGGGUACCACGUGUACUUGAAAUCCAAGGAGAUGCAGUGCCACCCAAAAGGGAAAAGGAUGACUCUUCCAGAUUAUUGGGUGCUCUGUGAAUAUGAAAUCAAAGACCCCGAGCAAAAGGCAUUCACUGUGGAAAACCUUCGACCAGAAUCCCACUAUGAGUUUCUCGUCACUCCGUACACCAGUGCUGGCCAAGGCCCCAAUGAAACAUUCACAAAGGUCAUGACUCCGGAUGAGAACUCCAACAUGCUGCUGAAGAUCAUAUUACCCAUGACUCUCUGUGUCUUGCUCAUCAUCAUUGCGUGCUACUGGAAAAGCCAGUGGGUGAAGGAGAAGUGUUAUCCUGACAUUCCGAAUCCAUACAAGAGCAGCAUCCUGUCACUGAUAAAAUCCAAGAAGAAUGCCCACUUAAUAAUGAAUGUCAAAGACUGCAUUCCAGAUGUCCUUGAAGUUAUAAACAAGGUAGAAGGCCCCAAGACACAGUGCAUAGUCUCUGGGAACCCACACAAUGAAGAUGUAUCCAUGAAGCCUCCCUCCUCAGUGCCAACAGAAGAUGGUUCCUCUGGCUCUGUGCCCUUCUUCUUCUUCGAGAAUUUUACUUAUGAUCAGUCAGCUUUUGAUUCUGGUUCCCAUGGCCUCAUUCCAGGACCCCUAAAAGACACCCCAUGUCAGCUUGGACUAUUGACCCCACCUGAGAAGUUACUAAAUGUUCUAGAAAAAGACUACAUGAAGUCCCUGGCAGAAAGCCCAACUGAAGAAACUAGCUUGAUUUAUGUGUCUCAGCUGGCUUCACCCAUGGGUGGAGACAAGGACAGUCUUGCCACAAAUCCACCCAUGCCAGGGCACUGUUCAGAAUACAAAAUGCAAAUGGCAGUGCCGGGGAGACUCCCAUCACUUGCUCUGAGUGAGAAUAACAGCCUGACCUCAGAGAUACUUUUAGGUCAAGGUGAACAGUAAAGUUAACUACCACCAACCCAAUUCAUACACUACAGGCACUUUUGGGGAUGUGACUGGUACCAUGCCAUCACCAUGUGCCCUGGUUCUUGACUCCAGGAGCACCCAUUAUCUGCAGCACUAAUUUAUAAAAGAUCAUUAGGCUGACAGAAUAAAGACCAGAGCUAUACAACUUGGCAUUUGCCCUAAAGGCUUCCUUAGAAAUGGCACAUGCUGACCUUGCUAUUAUCUGCUCCAGGCUCACCCUAACACAGGACCCCUAACCCUGACAUAGGAUAUUCAUCAGCGAUUUCACAGACCCUAUUUACUCAGGACUUCGCAAAGUGGCAGUGGUCCUAGGAUUUUGGUUUGCAGUGAGAGAACAUCUUCAUGUAAACUUGACCUAAUGUUUACUAUUUUAAGGAUAAAGCAGUUGGAUUAAAUGCUUUGAUUAAUGCCACAAGAGAUUUAUUACUCCUAUUUUGUAGACUUAUCACAUUUAAUGAAAGGUUACAAACUAGAUUUUGGCCUUGCCUUGAAGUGAAUUUGUAGUCAUGGAUAAAGUAAAGUAACUGUUGGUGCCUACACUGAACCUAACAGGUAGGACGUAUGAAUGGGACAGGAAGUCUUGACAGGUUUCCUGCCAUCCAACUUACUGUGGUAAAACAGGAUCAAAAAGAGCUCCAGACUUGGUGUGCUGGUGACAGCAGCCUGUUCAGUAGACUCCAGUCUUCCUCCUUAAUUUUUGACUACCUCAGAAUAGAAAAAAAGGACAUUUCAUUGAGUGAUUCCUUUUACAUUUAAUGUCCCCACCCCAAAGCUGUAUCUAAAUGAUCUAUUUCCACACAUUGUCUGGUUCAAUAGAAUUCUCAUUUUCAUUCCUGUCAUGCUAUAUUGCCGCAAUAUUGGGUAUAACUUAGCUUUAAAAUGUUCUAUGGAGUUAGAAGUUAGUUUAGUGUUGUCCCCAAAGCAUGUCUUCUCAGACAAUACACUUGGUCCUACCUGUGGCUUCUACAUCAAGAUCCAGCCAACUCUAGGAAGAAAACAUUAUUUUUAGAUAAGGCUUGGACUCCCAUGGAGCUUGGUAGCAGCCUAGCUCCUGUAAACAAUCUCAGGAAGGUGCUAUAUGUAAUAGCCGGACACAUACAUGUGUUCAAUACAUUAGUUUCUUCCUCUUGAUGCUUGUCACAUUGUAAAAUAAGAUAGAGACUUUUGUCUUGUUUACUGUGAAUAUGGUGGAAGAAUGACUUUGUGCACAUGCAUGGCUGUUACCAAUACUGCAGCAAUAUCCAUGUGGCAUGUGGCCUCAACAUAGCUAACACCAACCAUGAAUGAUCUGUUAAAGCUGUCCUGUCUUUUCUUGCCUAUAACCAAGCCUUUUGAUAGAGAAAAUGGUUCUGAACUAACCUAGUACCAGACAGUAUCCCGAACAGUCUAGUUUGGAGGUGACUUUGGUCAGUACUGCCAAUACCGUGUCUGUUUUUCUGUCAAUGUAUUUCUAACUGGAAACUUGUACCCAGAAACGUUAAUAACAUUGAUUUGUAAAUGUUUUCUUUCAUCUCAAUUUUGUUUAAAAAAUAAUCCAUAAAACAUUAAAGUUAUUUUUGCUGUUUUGAUAAUGCUCAAAUUAAAGCAUCCAUUGUUUUCACAA